AUGGCAACAUGUGAGUUAGCUGUAGGAGUGAUCUUCUUGUCUCAGACUGUGAUUGGAGUUCUGGGGAAUUUCUCUCUUCUCUGCCACUAUUUGUUUCUUUACCUCAUAGGGUACAGGUUACUGUCCACAGACUGGAUUGUAAUGCACUUAACUGUAGCCAAUAUCUUAACUCUACUGUGUAAAGGAGUUCCCCAGACAAUUGCAGGUUUUGGUUCAAAAGACUUCCUCAAUGAUAUUGGAUGCAAACUAGUUUUCUCCUUUCACAGGGUGGGAAGGAGUGUGGGUGUUGGCAGUACCUCCUUCCUUAGUGUCUUCCAGGCCAUCAUAAUCAGGCUCAGGAAUACUAGGAGUUCAGACUUUAAAGUCAAAACACACAAAUGCAUUUGUUAUUCUGUGUACCUGAGCUGGCUCAUUCACUUUUUUAUAAGCAGUGUAAAUCUUAUGCACAUGAGGGCAAAAUACAUCAAUGAAACCACAACAGAACUAAAAUCUUUUCUAUACUGCUAUUGGGACUGUCAUGACAAAACCAGAGACAUAUUAUAUGCAGCAUUGUUGUUGGCUCCUGACAUUAUUUUUCUGGGGCUCAUGGUCUGGGCCAGCAGCUGCAUGGUACUUACGCUAUAUAGACACAAGCAGAAGAUGCAGCAAAUGCCCAGAAACAAGAUGUCCUCAAAAUCUUCCCCUGAGUCCAGAGCCACCAAAACCAUCCUUCUCCUGGUUUGUACCUUUGUUUCUUUUUACACACUCUCCUCUCUUUGUCAACUCUUUGGGGCUUUAUUGUACAAGCCCAGCUGGUCUCUGGUGAAUGUGACUGCAAUGGCCUCUCUGCUUUUCCCCACUGUUUGUCCUUUUCUGCUCAUGAGCCGUGAUUCUCGUGUAUCCAGCUUCUUCCUGCCUUCAACAAGGAAUAGAACUUUUCCAAAAACCUCUGAGGAUGAGAUUAAUUGA